AUGAAGUUGGAGAGCAUCAGAGAUCUUGAACUCAUCAUCUACUAUGUAGACGACAAGAUAGUAUGUGCAGCCUUCGUAAAGUUUCUCAAGUAGGUACCAGCACAACAAACUACUCACUAUUGCAUCGUGUACUUCAUACACACUCAAUAGGAAUACAGGAAAGCAUUCAAAGAAUUUAUCAAGGAUCUAGGGUUCACAUGUGCUAAUAAUGACUUUCAUAAAUGGAAGCGGGAUUGGUAUUCAUUGAUGUAAUUGAAAAUUAGCAGCAAAGGAGAACCACAGUUUGAAUGGUUCCAGAUGUUUAAAUUAAUAUACGAUAAAGAGAUUCCUAAAGAAUAAACGCCAACACUGAUUUAAAAUGAAGAAGUGAAGAACGACUGUUACUAGGUUGAACUACCGAAAAAAGUGCAAACAUUAACUGGCCAAGGCAUGCUAAAAGUCAUACAACGAAAGAUAUGCCUAAAGAAUCAGUCUGUUUUGUUGCUUGUAGAAGUGCUGAGUGUGAUAUAUGUCCUCUAAGUAAUUAUUUUACUAAAGCCAGUCACAUAGUCAAAUGGUACCAAUGACAAGCUAGUUACCUUGUCAAACUAUACAAAUCUUAACUUAAAGUCACCCAAACAGAUAUUAAGCAUGGUAAACAUAAAAUAUAAACUUGUUCCAUGUGUAUAGAAGUGA